AUGCUAAACUCAACAUGUCGAUUCGAAGAUCCAUUCCACGUAACCGUCACCCAUUACCUAUGCGCUCUAUUCUCAAUUCCAAUCUAUGGAAUAUCGUAUACAAUUCUGCUUUUCAAAUGUCCCCCACAUUUCUACAAGUACCGUAAUCUUCUAGUCAUUCACAUCACUUCUGGCGUACUUUUAGAAGCUCAUAUGGGCCUUUGGCGAGCCAAAGUCACAUUUCCAUGGGGCGCACUUUGUGCAAACGGACUGCUGGCCGAGUAUUCCCCGAACCUCUUUCAGCUCUGGAAUUUUCUAUUUCAAUUUACUGCGUUUUCUACAGUAACCCUUUUUGUGCAUCGAAUGGAAAUUGUGAAUAUUGGAAUAACUAAAUGUCAAAAAGUGGUGUAUUUUUUGAGAUAUGCAUUUUAUUUGAAUCUCCCGCUCCUUUUUGUAUUCAACAUAUUUACAUAUCAAGAUCUGAGCAAUCAAAACGGGUAUAAAAUGAAAAUGGAGGAGGCUAGAAACUCGAAAAUUCCCGAUUUUAUGUGGUGUUCCAAUUGCUUUUUCAUGAUUUUCGACUCUUGGAUUUUUAUAAUUUACUAUUGCUUAGCCUAUGCAGCUGUAUUAUGUGCAUUUCUAACUGGUGGCUUGGCUGCAUUUGUCACAAUUCGAUCGCUCAAUUCUAUCAAUAUUCACUUAUCAGAACGAUCUGUUCGAAUUCAGAAAAACUUUUUGUAUAGCUUGGUGGUGGCGGCGUUCAUCCAUAUCGCAUUCAUUUUCAUUCCAUUAUCGAUUUUCUUCGCAGCCAACUUCCUCUUUCUCGAGUGGUCUUCUCUUUCCCACUAUUUAACUUUUAUUGUACAAGAGCAUGGAGCGGCGUCUACGCUGGUGAUGCUUAUCACCAAUACAUUGCUCAGAAAAGCUGCAAUUCAAAUGUGUUUCAGUUUAUUUUCAAGUUUGAGAGUCAGAAAAGAUGUCCCGUCCAUUAUGAUCUCUUAUGUAGCCUGA